AUGCUGACUGAAUACCGCCUUAAGACGAGAGAGCUACAUGGAAACAAAGAUGACGCGCCAGAGAGAUCGUCUGACCAGGCUCCCAUCCUUCUACGGGGCGGCUUAAAGGAGGUAGAGGUGGAAGAUCUGCUGGCAGCACUACCACCUCGGCCAACUGCUGAUGCCCUGGUUUUACGUUGUUUGGAUUCUGGGGAGGCAUCGCUGAUAUUGAUGCAUCCUCCGACUUUCAAGGACGAGUAUGAGCAGUUCUGGCGUAACCCGGCUGCUGCAUCCCGGGCGUGGUUGUCACUUCUUUUCGGGAUACUGGCGUGUGCAGUCUGGAUUGAACACUCGAUGAACCCCGAGAUAGGUGAAGCCAAACCGCCGGAUGUGUUUAAUUGCUACCGAGAACAAUGCGCCCUCGCAUUGAUAAGUUCAAAUUGCACCACACCAGGGAGAUAUAAAGUGGAGGCUGCCCUAAUGUACCUCGGGAAUGAGUACCUCCAGAGCAAUGGGCUGAAAACGGAAAUCUCGAUUCUUGUCGGCAUAGUGUCGCGGCUGGCGAUCAUGAUGGGCUACCAUCGGGACUCCAGGAUAUAUCCUCAGCUGUCCCCUUUCGAAGGCGAGAUGCGACGGAGAAUGUGGCUUAUUCUAUCUACUAUCGACUAUUUCGUUUCUUGGCAGGCAGGCCUGCCUACUGUCAUCCCGAAAGACAUCGGUGACACCACGCCCCCUCGAAUCCUUUUAGAUGAGGACUUCGGCCCUACCACGGAAGUCCUGCCUCCAUCGCGAUCGGAAGCACAUACACCCAGCAAUAUCACCUACUCGGUUGCUUUGGAGAGAAUCCUGUCCGUGGCGAACGGAAUAGCGAAAUCUUCGGAGGCUCAAAUUUCACCGGAACGAACACUCCAUCUAAAGAAGCAACUAGACGCAGUCUGGAGCCAGGUUCCUUCCUAUUUGAAACCAUCAGCCGCAUACGCCACUGAUGGAAACGACGGGAUACAUAUCCUCACACUCGAGAUGACAUACCAACGUGCUCGUUGCACCUUGCACCGCCAAUAUCUGGCACCUCAGCACGAUAUCCCCCCUUACAAAGACUUCCGUCUUGAAUGCGUGAAUGCGGCUCGACGCGUUCUCGAAUGUCAGACCGAGUUAUUCCAAGGGAUCCUUUCUCAGCCGCAGUAUCGACAUCAAGCCUGGUUUGGAAUAUCCCGCUCCAUAUGUGAUUGUAUGACUGCAGCCAUGGUGAUAUGUCUUGAAAUCGUCAGCUGUGUUAAGAAAAACGAACCACUGGCCCGUGAGUUCUCAACCGAGCUCAUAGGCACGCUAAAAACCUCCUACCAUUGUUGGAAGUCUUGUCCAAGGCCGUCACCGGAAACCGUCAAGGCCGCCGACAUUUUGGCCAGGAUGUUGAGGCUCAUGGGCUGCUGUGGUGUGGAAAGCGGUGAAUUCCCAAAAGCCUUUCUUCCCACUGCCAAUGCCAAUGUACAACAUGCUCCUUUGUUGAAUCAGACGUCUCCUUCGCUGGAAGAACCCAUCAAUUCCAGCUUUGGCCAACAAAUCCCCGAUCUGGAGACCUACACCAAUUUCUCUGCCUUUGAUAUGAUUAAUUUUGUAAGUCUUCCUUUGCUGAAGAAAACCACUCCUUUGAUCCUCGUCGCAAUCAGAACGUUAACAAUCAAUAUAUCCAGGACCUGUGGGAUCAGGAGAUGCAGCACUUGA